GAAAUGAGUUACCCCUAUAUAUCGCGACCCCUGGCCGCGAUCCAGCUCCCGGAUUGGUCGAGGCCGGGCCUCAAUUUCAAUUUUGCGGUCAAUUAUCUACGAAUUUCUUAAAAAUUAUAUCGUUACAGAUAAAAUGCUGCAACCAAUUUCAACACUUGCUUUGCCAAAUUCUGCGAUAUCCGGAUUGCUUAAAGAUAGAUACAUAUUCAUGGAAGAUAUUAUCACUACACCUGAAAAGUUGACAAAGUACGUUACUUCACUUGUGUCUCGUGAAGCAUUAGAAAUACCUCAAACUCAUUCGGCACUCGACGUUUGGCAAAAAGAAAUGGAGGUUGGAAGUAUAUCAACUUGUUGCAAAAUCUUAGAUGAUACUUUUGAUGGUGGGCUUCAACGUGGAAGCAUCACAGAAUUAUUUGGUGCUCCUGGCUCAGGCAAGACUCAAAUUUGUUUUCAAAUCAGCAUCAUGGAACAAUUAAAUAUCUGCCUUAACAAUUUCGACGGUCAGGUAUUUUACUUUGACACGAGACAUCAGACAUCUCUUUUGAGAUUAAAAGAUCUCAUUCUUGGGUGUCAAAGUGUCCAAAAGGAUCAAAGAUUGAACAUAGAUGACAUGAUGAAAGGGAUAACUGUCGUUUCUCCUUUUACUCCAAAUGAAUUAUUGUCUGCAAUUACUAAUUUAAAAAGAGAUUUAGUGGGUGGAUCAAAGGUGAGCGUUAUAAUACUGGACAGUUUAUCAUAUCCUAUUCAAUGUUGCCUCGAGGAUUCCUGGCAACGUACUCAAGUUUAUUUUCGAAUAUUAGACGAGUUACAUGCUAUAGUAUCAAAAUUCAAUGUCGCGGUAAUUAUUGUCAACGAAUUGGUCACUCAAAUAGAUGACGAAGGAAAAGUAUGUUUUGGUAGUGCUGGAGGGCAAUUGCUGGCCCAUCUUGUACACAGACGACUGACACUCGUGCGUUUAACAGAUACGAAAUUUGCAGCACACAUUUUAAAACAUUCUACGUUACCUCAAGUUUCUGUAGUUUUUGAGAUUAUCUCGACUGGCGUUAGAGAUGUGAGUAAAGUUACAACUUCUUGAUAAAUAGGUGCAAGUCGACAGUAUAAGUAAUUUCUACCUUUUGGAUAAAACAACUGCUAGUAGAUAAUUCAUUCACGUUUUGUUUUUAUUGGUUGUAAUAUCGUGAAACAUCAAUAUGAAUAUUGCUUUUAUAAUAUAAUUUUAUAACAAAAUGUUACAAUAAUAAAUAGACAUCUCUGUAAUGUAGAAAAUAUAUGCAAUAUUUCUUCGUAGCAAACUUGUGUAAAAAUAGAUUGCAGUAUAUAGAUGUAAAAAUAUAACAAGUAGAGCCAUCUUUAUGCUAAAGUCUUUGUAUCUUGUUGUAUAAAAUAAAAAUAAAGGUUCUAUGUAAAAGCA